CCUCUUAAUGCAGACAUAUCCUCUCGCAAAGCUUCUUCCUUCCUCUCGGAAACCAGACUACUACGCCCCAACUUCGCACCUUCUCUCUAAGGACUCUGCGAGCCUCGUGCCGGACUGUCCAAUAUCUAUUUCAAUCGGACUAUACAGUGUCAGGCUCAGCCUUGGAAAAUGAAGCCCAACACGUAUGAGACGGUUGCUGCGAUGGACGAUCCAAUGCGCCGAGCAGGCACUGCUGGAAAGGAGUUAUAUCGUGUACCCCGAACGGUCAUACUUCUCAUCCUGGCUAUCGCUGCAUAUGGCCUGGUAUCUGUGGGAUUCACCAUCUAUAUACUCAGAUGUCCAAGCGAAGGUGCAGCCUUCCGCGUGCUUCUUACCGGUGGCCAACCCCAGCUGCAGACUGCACUUAUGUUUGAUUCACGAGCGACAAAUCCCAACGAGCUCCGAGUGCCACUACUCACAGACUACAACAGUAUGUACGGCCUGGUAGCAGAUUCGAUGAACACUGUGGCCUCCGCUGGGUAUUACGGUACGGCCACAGUCCCAACAAGAGGUAGUCGACCAUACCCAGUGUAUCUCCUCCGCACCUACAUUCUCGCGGUCGUCGUCGUUAUUUUGGUCCUGACGCCGUGCCUCGCUGCCUUGCUGAUCUGUCUCACCCACUUCAUACUCCGUGCAACGCUCCGCCGGACGACUUUCUUGACUAUCGCCAACGCUGUCCGCGGACCUUGGUGGGAUGCGACUCUAUGGGGUACUUGUCUCAUGUCUCCAAGUGAGCUGAGAAACGCGGUCAGGGGAACCAAAGUCACGUUUGGCAACACCGUGAAUGUUGAUUCGCAGGACGAAACCGAAACUCCAAACAAGCAUUUUGGCCUGGCGCAGCACGUUGUGUCUGUGAAGCAUGACCAGAAAUACUUUGGCACCAAAGUGAAAUCAUUAUGAGAAUGCGCGACCAGAAAGAGGCGAUCCGAUGGCUGUGACUGCGAUUGACUUCGAAGCACAUUAGACGAGGUUGGUAGGGAUAUGGCAAUGACGACUGUAUCAUUCCCAGGAGAGGCUUUGUUCGAUAAGUGAAUAAAUCUUCCUGUCACAAUCCUUGAUCGUCAUUGUGAUGCUUCUUCCUGAGCAAUAACUAGUAGUAAUCA